GCAGAACCGAAACCAUUUGGUACCAAAACUGGCCAUCUUUCUUCGAGAUGUAGCAGUAAGGUUCUCACACACGCACAUAUACAUAUUUAAAAUAAUGACCCGAAUAUAAGGAACGUCUAACCGCUACCUGGAUUUUUUCUAUAAUCGCGACAUGGUUCUGCAUUUAAACGGUGUAUCGACCAGAUUCGCGUGCGUUCUUGCGGUGGUUCUCAGUUCGUGCCAUGGCUUUAGUUUUACCGAAUUCAUCGUGGGCCCUCGGAUAGGCAGGGGCAUUGCCGUUACCCCAAAAAGUUCACAAAUUUCCCUUGCGCAACAGUUAGUAAACUCCAAUGGUUAUCCCUUCGAAGAACACGAGGUGUCUUCAGAGGACGGAUAUAUUCUGAGUUUGCACAGAAUACCAAAGGGCAAGUUUGAGAAUACCACAAAUAAGCCAAGGCGACCAAUCGCAUUGUUCCAACAUGGACUGCUUGCCUCAUCUGAUGCUUUUCUGUUCCGAGGUCCGGAAUAUGAUUUGCCUUACCUUUUAGCUGAUGCUGGUUACGACGUGUGGCUCUCCAACAUGAGAGGAAACAUUUACUCAAAUAAACAUCAGAUAUUCGACUCUGAAAAGGAUCCGGAAUAUUGGAAGUUUUCACUGCACGAAGUCGGCCAAUACGAUCUUCCUGCUAUAAUUGACUAUAUCCUGAACAUUACCAAGGAGCAUUCGCUGUACUUUCUGGGCCAUUCUGUAGGUUCAACUGCUGCGUUCAUUAUGGGCUCAAUGCGACCGCAAUAUAAUGCGAAAAUCAAACUUCACCUGGCUUUGGCGCCUCUGGUUUACGUUUUGCAUGAGAUCUCGUUUCCGCAUAAGGUCUUCCUGGGGUCUUCAGUUUCUUUAACCCAAAGUGUAGUGGCCCGGAAUAUUUUGAAUGUUUUCCCUAGAAGGGAUUACUUCUCCAAGCUGUUGGGGGCUUUGUGUGGAAAUGGGGUCCCCACGCAGUUUCUAUGUCUGAUUUUUAUCUACUCGCUAGUGGGGAUUGAUGGGGAACAGUUUAACAGCAGUUACAUACCAGAAUUUCUGUCUUAUUUUCCAGCUGGAAGUUCAGUGUACUUGACCUCACAUGCCAUGCAAAUGUACGCCGAAGGCGAUUUUCGGCCCUUGGACUACCAAAACCCUUUCAUGAACUUGCAGAAGUACCAAGGCCUGUCCCUUCCUUCCUACAAUUUGAGUUUAGUUGACCAUCCGGUUUCUUUGCAUUAUGGGGAUGGUGACACUUUGGUCACUGAAGAGGAUAUUUCCUUUACUGAAAGCAGACUGCCGCGAGUUGUUGGAAAGGUUCGGGUGCCCUUCACCCACUUCAACCACAUGGAUUUCAUGGUUGGAUCCGAUGCCAAAGACUUAGUGUAUAAAGAGUUGAUUUAUUUGAUGAAUAAACACAGGUAGCAAACAUU